CUGGCGUCGCUCCAAGAAGUUGAAGAACUAGAUGACCUCUUAUAGUAACCUUGCAGCUCCUUCUAAAGCGAAAAGAUCGAACGACCCGCUACCGAGCCCCACUGACGGACUCUCGCGAUUGGCAAACGCAGGUCAUAAGAAAAACAACGACAAUAAAGGACUCGAUUCAGGAGACGACGAAGGCGAUGAUGAAGGCGAUGACGACGAGUGCGGAGACGUAGCAGACGAAUCCUCCUUUGAGUACCAUGAUCGUGAACACGUGGCAGACUCUCUCAGAUGCACAGGAUGUAGAGAAGUUUUGAAAGCUCCUGUUCUACAGGCUUCAUGCGGGGAGAGGUGGCACAAGUUAUGCUUCAAGAAGUUCAAGUUGCUUGAAGAAAGCUCAAGUUGUCCCGUGUGUCUAGAAGUUCUCGAUAGGGAGAUAUGGAGAGACGUUUUUGCUGAAAGAGAACUAGAGAAAUUGCAUAUAGUUUGUCUGAGAAGGGCACUAGGGUGCCAAUGGAUUGGAGAAAAGAGAUCACUAAAGGAACAUUUGCUUGUAUGUCAAUUUCAAAAAGUCUUAUGUAAAAAUGGCUGCCAUGUUAAAGUGCUAAAAGAAAAAUUAGAGCAGCACUUGAAGGAAGAAUGUACUCUUCGAACAGUCCAGUGCAUCUUCUGCAAUUGUUCUGUUCAAUUCUUGGAAAUGGAGACUCACUACGAUUGCUGCUCAAAAGUGCUUCUAGAAUGCAAAUAUGAAUGUCAGCCUGGACACAAGAUGUCCAGAGAAGCGCUUAACGAACAUCUUAAGAUUUGCAAGCGUCGAAGAGAAAAAUGCCUUAUUAUAGAUUGUAUUGAUGAAGUAUAUCAUCAUGAGUUACGCAAACAUCUUGAAGAUCAUCUCACAAGUCACAUAAUAAAGAUUAACGAAAGUUUAAUAUCAACUCAAAACGCGGCAUGUCAAUGGCAGACGUCACUUGAAGAGAGUGUUUCCGUAGUUCGACAACGCCUUGUUACAUUCGAAACUGCUAUGACGUCGUUACUUAGCAACGUAAGAGGUACCGACGAUCAGUUGACGGAACUAGGAAGGUUUGUAAAAAUCAAGCAACAAGAAACUUUACAAUCUUGCCAUAACGAAGUUGAUGAACUGAAGAAAAACUUUAGCCUAAAAUCAGAAGCCAUUCGUCACAAUAUUACCACAGCAUCCGAUAGAUUAUUGUUGUUGGAAGAAAUAACUGUUGAACAAGCAACCAAAAUACAGACACUCGAGAAGCAAUUACAGGAUCAAGUUGAGUCAAAUAAGAUAUCUUCUAUUGAGCAAAAAACGCGUGUUCAUAAUCAGGCACUCGCCCAGCACGAUGCCACAUUAGCAGAGCAUGGUCUGAGGAUUGAUAUUAUGGAUUGCAAAAAUACAUCCGGAGUUCUCUUGUGGAAGAUUCCUGACGUUCAAAGACGACGAAGAGAUGCACAAAGUGGCAAAACGCCAUCCAUUUACUCUCAACCUUUCUACACGUCACCAAAUGGUUACAAACUUUGUGCACGUUUGUACUUAAAUGGAGACAACAUGACAAGAGGUACUCAUUUGUCUCUGUUUAUUGUGCUAAUGAAGGGAACAUACGAUAGUUUGCUGAAGUGGCCUUUCCAGCAAAUGGUAACUUUUAUGCUAAUUGAUCAGGAGGGGAGACAUCACGUAACGGAUAGAUUUUGUCCUGAUCCCGAAUCUUCGUCGUUCAGACGACCAAUUAGUGAUCUAAACGUACCGAUCGGUUGUCCACAGUUUGUCCCUUUGGGCUUACUUGACUCAGGAAGAUACAUCAAAGACAACUGUAUCUUUGUCAAAGUGAUUGUUGAUACAAGACAUCUAGCUGAUACGGGAUCAAUGUGACUGAGGCCGAGACGACUGUUUUCUGCUUGUCUUUAGAAUUCGUGUCUUUUACUAACUAGAGCUGUCGCAGCGAGAAGUUGCACGAAAUAUGCUGUUUGCAAUUUAAUGGUUCUAGGCGUAUACUGAGCGUUUGGAAGCUACCUAGCCAAAUAGAGUAUUUCUGACUCAUAGUCUCAUUUUUCUAAGUUACUUAUCUCUUGGCAGUUGUGCCUUACGUAUACGUUACUAUCAA